GUUAUAGUUGUGUUGUGAUGGUUAUGAGUGUUGUGUUGAUGAGUUAUAGUGAGUUAUUGUGAGUUAUAGUGUUGGAUGACACAGCAGCAGCAGCAGCAGCAACAGUGGUGGUGAUCUACCUUCCAUUAUUACUACACUACAAGCUGCACUGCUGUAUAACCCUUGUGGCUUAGCGCUUCUUUUUGAUUAUAAUAAUAAUACAAGGUGCACUAGUCUACCUUCCAUUAUCACUACAAGCUGCACUAGUCUACACUGUCUUCACUACUACAUCAGAAGCUGCUACAACCUACACUCCCACUACAUGAUCACUUCAGGUUGUUAAGGAAAUCAUGGAUGGCCUUGAAAGGCUCUUGGGCAAAUUGCCACCAGUUCUUCCAAGUCUUAAGGAACAAAUUGAAGAAUAUCUUUUAAUUCCUGAGAAGCUUCCAAUCCAUGACCCUGUUCAUUCCCGCCGAUGGUUUCCCAGGCAUCCAGACCCAACUCGUCUCUUUAGCAUUUCUUUGUUUCCUUCAAGAACUUGUCUUGAAGUAGAGCGAGACCCUGCCACUGGAGAAAUUACUGGACUCCGUGAAAUUGCAAAUGAGGAUGCUGGAGCUACAGCGAAAAAUUCCCUCUCCAUGAGGCGUGCCCCUGGGCCUCCGGAGGAGGUUGUUAGGGGUUCUUCAACUAACUUUCCUUUCUGGCCAGGAGGGUUUCCAGAGCCAUUUCUGCAUAAGGAGUCAGUUGAGGGAGAAUUUCAACUAGAUAAAAGUAAUUAUCUCCUAAAGCAUCCAAGACUCUCUCGAGGAAUGACCUUUGAAGAACCAGAGAAAGAACUGGAAGAGGAGAAAGAGGAAGAGAAACCAGCUCAGAUGGCACCUGAGUUAGUUGUUAGCAUAACAGAUAUGCUGAAAGUGGAUGAAAGUGUACUUAAAAUUUUUGAUGAAAAGGAAGAAAAUGUUAAAAGGAAAGAAAUUACUUUGACCUUGGAAGGGUUAAAUGAAGAAGAUACCUCACUUGUCACCAAUUUCAACAUUGAACCGCCACCUAAAAAGGAUGAAUUUGUGUUAAAUAUAAGUGACAAGUCAAAAUCUACAACUGUAGUGGUAAAUACAGAGUGGGCAGAAAAUGUUGACAUAAAUUCACCAGUCGAUGAUUUUAAUUUGCAGGUUCCCAACCCUGCUUGCACGUAUCCAUUUGAGCUUGACAUAUUUCAAAAGCAAGCAAUUUUGCAUUUGGAAAAGCAUGACUGUGUGUUUGUAGCUGCACACACUUCAGCAGGUAAAACGGUGGUUGCAGAAUAUGCGAUUGCAUUAACAUUGAAGCAUAUGACUCGGGCAGUUUAUACUUCUCCAAUCAAAGCACUUUCAAAUCAAAAGUAUAGAGAUUUUAAAAUUAAGUUUGAUGAUGUGGGUCUUUUGACAGGAGACAUUCAAAUCAACCCAAAGGCAUCAUGUUUAAUCAUGACAACAGAAAUUUUACAGUCUAUGCUGUACAAUGGUAGUGAUCUGAUAAGAGAUUUAGAGUGGGUUAUCUUUGAUGAAGUUCACUACAUUAACAAUGCUGAAAGAGGCCAUGUAUGGGAGGAAGUACUAAUAAUGUUACCCAGUACAGUAAAUAUUGUGUUGUUGUCUGCAACAGUACCCAACACAAUUGAAUUUGCCGAUUGGAUAGGGAGAAUUAAAAGAAGGAAGAUAUACGUAAUUAGUACCAGUAAGCGUCCUGUACCUUUAGAGCACUUUCUGUAUACUGGCACUGGUGGUAAGACGAAAGAUGAACGUUUCUUGUUAGUUGAUGCUGGUGGCAAGUUUAUUACAAAAGGAUACAAUGAUGCUGUGGCUGCAAAGAAUGAUAGAAGCAAGAAAAGUCAGCUAAAUCAAGGACCAAAACAAGGUAGGCAUCAUCUGGGGGAAAAGCAGGAGAAGAAUAUGUGGAUUGGCCUUGUUGAUCACUUGAGUAGAAGAGAUCUGUUGCCCAUUGUUGCUUUUACUUUGUCUAAGAAACGCUGUGACAGUAAUGCUACACAGCUGAUGAGCCAAGACUUGACAACAAAUAGGGAGAAAGGAGAGAUACACUCAUUUAUUAAGAAGUGUGUAGACAGACUUCAGGGAACAGAUAAAGAAUUACCUCAAGUUAUUUACAUGAGAAAUUUAUUAUUAAAAGGAAUUGGUGUUCAUCACAGUGGCAUUUUGCCCAUCCUGAAAGAAGUUGUAGAAAUGCUGUUUGCCAAAGGCCUUGUAAAGCUUUUAUUUGCAACAGAAACAUUUGCAAUGGGAGUAAACAUGCCUGCAAGAUGUGUAGUGUUUGAUUCAAUCAGAAAACAUGAUGGAACAGGCUUCCGUGACCUAGUGCCCAGUGAGUAUAUCCAAAUGGCAGGUCGUGCUGGACGUAGAGGUUUGGAUACUACAGGAACUGUCAUUAUUUUGUGUAAAACAGAUGUGCCAGAGUUGUCUGACCUUCAUCGGAUGAUGUUAGGGAAGCCCACGAAGCUGGAGUCGCAGUUCAAGUUGACGUAUUCAAUGAUCUUGAACAUUUUGCGUGUUGAGAGAAUUAGUGUAGAAGAUAUGAUGAAAAGAUCAUUUUCUGAAGUCUUGAAAAUGGUAAAUCAGAGUAAAUAUGAAGAGGAACUGAAGCUUGCUGAAGAAAAACUAAGCAAGGAACCUGAAUUUUCUUGCAUGAUGUGCAAAGAUGUGGACGAAUAUUAUGUUACUGCCAAGGAAUAUGUAGAGCAACGUAAACACGUUUUUAAAUUUAUUCUUGGAUUUCCUAGUGUCAUGAAGGUAAUGAAUCCAGGAAGAAUUCUCAUCAUUUGCCAUGACCAGUAUCAGUAUUACUUGGCCUGCUUGCUGAAAAUUGAUACUAAAGAUAAAAAUAAAUUAACUGUAUUUAUUCUUAAGAAUAAAGAAUUGGCUUCCCUGUCAAAAGAAGAACUUAAAUUAAAGGAAGCCUUGGCAGCUUACCUGGAGGAUUUUGAGGUUCUGGAAGACACUUCAGAACACACAUUUUUGGAAAUCACUCCUGAGAGUUUAGCAGCAAUCACAAAUAAGGUUAUCAAGGUAAAUGGAGAGAAAGUUAUUGAAAACAUAAAGAAACGACAAAUCCCCAGAUUUAGAGAUGACCCACCUUCGGAAUCUGUUAUGGUUGUAUUGAAUGAGAUGCAACGCAUGAAUGAGUCUGGCGGAGAGAAACUCUCUUACCUCAACUUAAUACAUGAUCUUGGAGUCAAGGAGCUAACAGCAGUAUCUCAAAUUCAUAUCCUAGGAAUACUGAAGGCAAAAGUUUUGGAACGAUCGUGUCUCGAGUGCACACAAUUCAGAGAGCAUUUCAAUCAUACUUUUGUUAAGCUAAAUCUUCGAGAACAAGUUGGCCGUUUGAAAUUCCUUAUGUCAGAAGAGGCUUUACAACUACACCCUGAGUACCAAAUGAGAAUUAAGGUUCUUAAAAAUCUUGGUUAUAUUGAAGAUAACAAUACUGUAACACUGAAAGGUCGCAUAGCAUGUGAAAUGGGAAACCAUGAGCUAAUGGUAACAGAGCUAGUACUGGAAAAUGUGUUUGCAGAAAGUCCUGUAGAGAUCAUAGCUGCAUUGUUAUCUAGCAUGGUGUUCCAGCAGAAAAAUUGCAGUGAUCCAAAUUUGACAUCUGAGCUCAAAAAAGGAAUAAAAAAAUUUAAGAGCGUGGCUCAACGUAUUGGAGAAGUCCAGAAGGAUUGUGGUCUUCCAGAGCCAGUUGGUGACUACAUUGAUCAGUUCAAUUUUGGCCUAACUGAGGUGGUGUAUGAGUGGGCCCAUGGAAUGCCAUUUAACAAAAUAAUGGAGUUGACUGAUGUUCAAGAAGGAAUCACUGUUAAGUGCAUUCAGCGAUUAGAUGAAACCCUCAAGGAUGUGAAAAAAGCUGCUCACAUCAUUGGUGAUCCAAAUCUCCGGGAGAAAAUGGAGGCUGCAUCUACAGCCAUAAAAAGGGAUAUUGUCUUUACUCCUAGCUUGUAUACUCAGUAGGGUGAAAGUGAUCAUAACAGAAUUGAUGAACCUGCCAUAAAAGCUUGUUUACUUGGCAUUUCAGUUAAUAUUUUAUUGGCAUUUAUACAAUACCAGUAUUUUCCUAUACCAGUGAUAUUAACUAAUAAGGUAAUCUGUAUUUCUACAUUAUAUUUGAUUUCCUGCAUUCCUGGUUCCUGAACAAUACUACUUAGAUUUCUAACACUUUUAACUCAGGCCCUCAAAGACUACCGAUUCAUUUAUUUUAAUAAUAGUGUAUAUUGUUUUGGUUGACAAGAAGCAGUUUCCAUCUCAAAUGCAAGAAAGUGUUACAUGAAAAUAUACAGGUAGUCUCACUGGAUUUAAAUUAAUUAUUAAAAAAUCAAUAUGGGACAAUUACAAUGUUGGUAUGUGGAAUCUAGGAAAAAUGGAAAAAAGUGAGAUGUUCCUAUGUUUAUAUUUGAGGAAUAUCCUAAAAUAAUUCUGUCUUUAGAAACCAAAAAACAUGUUUACUGCUUUAAACUUAAUAGUAAUGAUGGGGACUUGGAAGAAAGCUCUUAAUAUGUUUUCUUUUACAUUCCCAAUACACACAAGCUCCCCCUAGACUAUAUAUUUUAUUUACUCGUUCAUUUUCCACUAAGGCGCAGGUUGAACCAAUGAAGAAAAGUUCGCCAUCAUUCAUUAUCUAACACAUCGAGAAAUAAUGUCCAACUGUAUCGCAUCAUUCCCACCAGAAAUGUCACAGCAAAAAAACCAUAGUUCCUACCUUCAGCACUAAGUGUGGCAACAGUAAUUAUAGAUGGACAAGAUAGUGAGUGACUUGGUGGAGAACAUA